AAGAAUUUACAGCCAAAAGCCCGAAGCACCUCUCUCUCUCUCUCUCUCUCUCUGCCCUUCUGAUUGUCCCCUCUAGAGCGAGCUUUAUCUUCUCCUUGGACCUCCAUGGGUUCGCCCGGAUUCGAUGGUUUCGCUUGUUUCUGUGAGUUACGGAAGAAGAGAGGCUAACUGGAAUUGCACGGUGACGGAAAGUUGAUCGCGGAACGCGGUUUGGCUUGCACAGGGACGUCGUCAUCGGGUUCAUCGGGUUCCGGUGCUGCUGGGGAAAAAGAAGAUACAAGAUUUUAGGUUGCUCUUGGUUUAUCUUCUGGAAGAGGUGGAGGCAGAAGAGGUAGUUAAUAUGAUGAAAAAGAACAGCUGUGCCGGGCGUGCCGGCGGAGGGCCGGCGCCGUUCCUGUUGAAGACGCACCAGAUGGUGGAGGACGGGGCGACGGACGACGUCAUAUCCUGGGGGACGGAGGGGACGUCCUUCGUGGUGUGGAAGCCGGUGGAGUUCGCCAGGGACCUACUUCCGGUCCACUUCAAGCACAACAACUUCUCCAGUUUCGUCCGCCAGCUUAACACCUACGGCUUCCGCAAGGUGGUGCCCGAUCGGUGGGAGUUCGCGAAUGACAACUUCAGGCGAGGGGAGCAGGGGCUUCUCUGCAACAUCUGCCGGCGAAAGGCGGCUCCGCCACAUGUUCCCUCUACUGGAAAAUCCAGCGCGGGUAGAAACAACCGUCAUCCUCCUCCAUCCCUCUCCUGCUCCGACGAAGCUCACAGCCCCUCCUCUGCCUGCUCGCUUCCAACCCUGCAGCCACCUUCUGGGCAUCUUCUGGACCUCACAAACGAGAACGUGAAACUCAGGAGCGACAACCAAAUCCUCAACGCCGAGCUAGCUCAGGCCAUGCGCCGGUACCGGCAGCUCCUUGGUUUCCUAUCCGGCUAUGUCGAUGUCAGUCGGCUCAACUCGGGCCAUCCGAUGCAGGAAACUGCUGCAUUAACAGUUGGAACAGGAUAUGAAACAGAGGCCAAGAAGGAGGAGGCAGAAGAGGGGAAGUUGGGUGAAGAACAAGGUCUUAAGCUUUUUGGAGUGCUGCUGAAGAGUAUAGAGGGAGAGGAGAGUGGCAAGAAUAGGAGGCAAAAGAGAGGGCGGUGCGAAGAGAGCAUCGACGGUUGUAGCGUCGGUGAGCGGCCCAUAAAGAUGGGUUUCGGCUGGCCAUGGAUGGGCAUGUCGACCACAGUUCCGCAUGGAAGCAGCAACGUAUGCAACUGAACUCGGAGUGCUUGAAGCAAUGUGGGCAAGUGUCUAUAGAAUACAAAGAUUACAAAGGGUAUGAUCUCCACGUAAAGCAGAUAAGGAAGACGGCGAGCAUUCGUGUACGACAUUAGUGGAUGCAGAAUGGGGUGAUGUAACACAACAUAAGUGCUCGACUUUCUUCCUUUUAGCUACUAUUUUCAAAGACCGACCGGUCAUGUAAACUUUCGUGACUCGAUUACUGUCUCAGCUGAAUUGGUAUUAACUUUUUGUUGGGUUGGGUGGUUCCAUCCACUUAAGUGGUGGGAUGGGAUA